CGGGGGAAGGCACGAGCUAUUUCCGGUGCGCUGUUACCAUGGAAACUCUGCUUGCUGAGACGCUCUCCCGGCUCUGAGCCGGGAAGUGGCGAGCAAGGGCCGGGCUGAGCCCCGGGAUUAGGGCGCAGCGGCUGGGGGUUGUUGUGAGCCUAGGGGCCUGCCUCCCCCGGGGGCUGGGAGCCGGGAACGAGGGGCUGCUGGGAGGCCGAGGGGCAGAGGCCUCUCUGGGCCCCUGAGCGGGCGUGUCCGUCAUGUCCCGCGCUGGCUCCUCCUGGGAUCUCUAUGCCUUGGAGGAGACGGAAGAAGUGACCCAGACGCUGCACCAGGUCUACCAGGGCAUCCUGGCCCCGCUCUCCCUCUUCCAGCCUCCUUCAAAGGGGCCCCCAGGAGUCUCACAGCCCACCCUAGCCCCGGCCCCACCCAGCCCCCAGCUCCAUGGUACACAGGAGACUAGUUCUGCCGAGCCUCCCAGCACCCCAGAGACCAGCCACACGCUACCAUCUGGCUCCCCAAAGCCUCCGGUGCCUGCAUUCUCUAUCCCCGUUUCCCUAGCUGCUCUGACCCAGUUGAUUGAAGGGCGCCUUUCUUUGGGCAGGGAGUCGUUGCCCAUCUCCAGCCAGGCAGGACAGGUCUUCAAGGAGAUCAUUCUGGCAGAAGUAAAAUUCGCCUGGGAGGAUGCCAGUCAGUCACUCUCCAGCCCAGCCCUCAGCAGCUGGCAGAACAAGGACCUAUACCAGCAUCUGGUGUCAUACAUCACACUUGUCUCUGAACACCUCUUCUUCCACUAUCUCUGCCUGAUGGAGCUCCACCGGGGCAUGGCUGUCUUCACUGACUAUGCCAACCUCACCCGCUUCGCAGCCCAGCUCUCUCUGGACUGCUGCAGUCUCCUCAACAUGGCUGCCAUCCAGCGACAUCUCCUUGCAGAGCUGAAGACCCCGCAGAACCACCUUUUUCUUGACAGCAAGCCAGCUCGGCCAGAGCGAAAACGGCCACCACAGAGAGGCCGGCACUCAGCCAGAAGCAGUAUGGGCUGCCGCCUCGGCCUCACCAUCAGUCACUUCAUCAAACUGACCAGGCCCCACAUGCAGACAUGCAGGCAGAAAAUCGCAAAGGAUAUAAAAGAACUUGAGGAGAUACCCCCACUGGACUUAAGCAGAGUCUAUCACUUGAUCCCUAAUGUAGAGACUUUUGACAGCUGCUUUACCAACCUGCCAUGUGUAGCAGUGAGAACCCCCUGCUCCUGUACCCCUGCUUCAGAAGAUCAGGAAGUCACAAAGAGGGUCAGGCAUGAGGCUGGCUCCAUUUCCAAAAAAAGUCAUUCAUUGCCCAAUAUGAGAGACGGGCAACUCCUCUCAGAUGAACUUGGGAUCCAUCUUCCCCCUCGCCCCCUCACACCGAUAGUGCCCAGUCGCUAUGCUGAGUCAGCAACAGAUGGCAAUCUUGAAGAGUCCAUGGCCAUAGCCGAGGACCUCCGCAAGCUAGUUCAAGGCUCCCUCCUCAGAAGUGGUAGCAGAAGAGAUGAGAGUGAGGACGCAGAACUGCCUCCCAUCAUUGGAGCACUGACACGACGCAGAGCCAAUGUAACCAAACUCCAGCAGCUUCAGGAGACACUUAGAUGCCUCCAGGAAGAGGAGAUGGCUGAGCAACAGCUGAGAGAUAUGGUAGUUUUUGCACCACCCACGCACCCUCAAGCCGCCACGGUGAAUCUUCAAAUACAACAUGGCAUGGUAGCAAAGGCAGCUGACCUACAAGUGUCCGACAGAGUACUUGUUGACUCUGUGGCUAUUCAGAGAUACGGGCCCUUGUACAAUGAUCUUCUGGGAGAGAUUGAUACUGCUACAGUGAGUUACCUGGAUGCAAACCUUUCAGCUGGGGAAGAGAUCCGGGAAAUUUACAAGGAACUGAUAAAAAUCAUCCCCACAGAGUAUCUGAGAUUUGACCAAGGACCCUUGAUAGAGCCUGCAGCUGUGAACGUGGACUUAUCCAACAGCUUGGCUUCCUCCACACUGACCAAAAGGAAAAGUGAGCAGGUAAUCAAUACAGAAUUGAAUAAGCUGCUGCCCGCUGGACCGUUCAGCACCCAGAAAGUCAUUACACCAGUGCAAUCAAGUUUGCCCAUCAUGAUUGCCCGUGAACAAAAAAACACUUGGUAUCAGUGGUGGAAAUCUGCCCUUAACGCCGAUGACUACCUGAAAUAUGUCUCCACCAAGGAGUCUGAUUACCUGCACGUGAUAUUUCAUUUGUACAAUGAGGGGGAGGAGCCACUUUUCAUAGAUGAAGCCCAAAAGAAACAAUUGGAGGAAGCACUGAGAGAGGUAAAACGGAAAGUGGCAGAGGUCCGCUCAAAGAGAGAAAAGUACAUGCCUGGGAUGUGGAACACAAACACCAUCAUGCUUGGCGGGCUUGGGACUUUUGAGGACCAGGACCGUAAGCCUGAAGACCUCAGACUGCUGCAGAAGCGACUGGAAAGACUCUGGGAAGUUCUUCAUUUCCCUGAUAGGGAGAGGCUUGAUAUGGCGAUUAAGUACAGCUCCAACCAGUCUUACACUCAGCUCCCAGCUAUGCUCAAAGCCUGGGAGAAAGCAGCAAAGAGUAUCCAGGAACGGGAGCUCUUGCUGUUAGAGCUGGAGAAGUUUGAGCAAACCGCCUCUGACCCAAACCGCUUCUUCGAAAGGAGCCUUGAGUCUUCUGCCACACGCACCUGGGAGUCGAGGACCAGAGGCCGCCUGUAUGCAGCGAUUGCCCAGUGCGACACCGACCUCUACAUCAUUCUGCACCAGAUCAAGGAGAGGUUCCAUGACACUGUGACUUUCAAGGGCCGCCCAUACUUGGAGAAGAUGCGGUGGGACAAAGUGGAGAUGCUGUACUGGCUGCAGCAGGAACGUCGUGCUGGUGCCCUGGCAAAAGAAACGGGGAGAGAGAUGAGGCUUUGGAAGCUACCUCCACUGGCUCAGGUAGGCAGCAGUGCGGGAUUCUCUCCCCCAUCCCAUCUCGCAGCGGCCCAGACCCCAGAGCUAGCACGACGCAAAGAGAUCCCGCCCUUCCCCGCCGACUCUGAUUGGCUGCACUCCCCUCAUGUGACCGGAACCCACCCCUAUCGGAACGCCAUUGGCUGGGAUGCCCGCCAUACAGACGACCGGUCGUCCCCACAACGCAUUGUUGUGACUACCUCAUCGUCAACUAUUCCACCCACAGGCUCUGUUGAGAUGGUGAAACUCUUCAUUGGGAAUCUGCCCCGGGAGGCAACGGAGCAAGAGAUCCGGUCACUCUUUGAGCAGUACGGGAAGGUGCUGGAAUGUGACAUCAUCAAAAACUAUGGCUUUGUGCACAUUGAAGACAAGACAGCGGCCGAAGAUGCCAUCCGUAACCUGCAUCACCACAAGCUGCAUGGUGUCUGCAUCAACGUGGAAGCCAGCAAGAACAAGAGCAAGGCCUCCACCAAGCUGCAUGUGGGCAACAUCAGCACCACCUGCACUAACCUGGAGCUGCGGGCCAAGUUUGAAGAGUAUGGCCCAGUGAUCGAGUGCGACAUAGUGAAGGACUAUGCCUUUGUGCACAUGGAGCGGGCUGAGGAUGCGGUGGAGGCCAUCAGGGGCCUAGACAACACAGAGUUCCAAGACGACAGUGCCGCCUGUGUCUCGGAGGAGGAGGAUUCCAACCAGGAAGGCCCUGAGAUGGUGCCAUCCCACAAGAUGUGGCCAGGGGUCUCCAAGGGUGACGUCUCGCCCGGCUCCCCAUGGGACAUGGCUGGCCAGAUCCCGGACAUUGGGGCACAGGCACCGGAUGACUCUGUUGACCUGGAGCAGGGGCUGGAGGAGUUCGGCGACAUCAUUGUGCACCGGGUGACACAGAUGGGUGUGAAGCCGUGCCGCUACAUCGAGGGGGGGCGCAGCUACGAGCUGAGCCCCGGGCUGGCCCGCCGGCUGCUGCGGCUCGACGAGAAGCCGUACGAGUGCAACGAGUGUGGCAAGAGCUUCAAUCAGAGUUCCAACUUGCACCGGCACCAGCGCACGCACACUGGCGAGCGCCCCUACUGCUGCCCGGCCUGCGGCAAGGCCUUCAGCCGCCGCUCCAAUCUGGCACAGCACCAGCGCAUCCACACCGGUGAACGCCCCUUCCACUGCGGCGACUGUGGCAAGAGCUUCAGCGAGAGCUCCUACCUGAUCCGGCACCAGCGCACCCACACCGGCGAGCGCCCCUACAAGUGCCCAGCCUGCGGCAAGGCCUUCUCCCGCAGCUCCCACCUGGCACGACACCAGCGCACCCACACUGGUGAGCGCCCCUACCUCUGCACCGACUGUGGCAAGCGCUUUGGGCUCAGCUCCGACCUGGCCACGCACCGCCGCACCCACACAGGCGAGAAGCCUUUCCGUUGCACCGACUGUGGUAAGGCCUUUUCCCGCAGCUCCCACCUGGUGCAGCACCAGCGCACCCACACCGGGGAGCGCCCCUACCGCUGCGCCCAGUGCGGCAAGAGCUUCUGCCAUGGCUCCAACCUGCUGCAGCACCAACGCACGCACCGCGGCGAGCGCCCCUACCGGUGCCAGCAGUGCGGCAAGGCCUUCAGCCUCAGCUCCAACCUGAUCCGCCACCAGCGCAUCCAUACAGGCGAGCGCCCCUACCGCUGCACCGACUGCGGGCGCAGCUUCGUGCUGAGCUCUGACCUCCUGCAGCACCACCGCGUGCACACGGGCGAGCGUCCCUACCAGUGCCCUGACUGUGGCAAGGCCUUCUCCCGUGCCGCCCACCUGGCCCAGCACCGCCGCACCCACACGGGCGAGCGCCCCUACCACUGCCAGCACUGCGGCAAGAGCUUCAGCCAUGGCUCCAACUUCAUCAAGCACCAGAGCACCCACCUGCAUGGCUGGCAGCCCUGCUGGCCCCUUAAGGAGGGCGCGGAGGGCCCCCAGGAUGAUGGGGCUGGCAAGGAGGUGGAGGAGGGGCAGGCACAGCCUUAAAGUGUGGCGGUGCUUGGAGCACAAGACCUGCUACACAGGAGAAUCCAUCAUUGCCAGCCUCCUAGCCAGAUCACUUGGAUGGAGUGAGAACCUAUUAAACAUCACAGAACCCUGCCCUGUAUAGAACUGGGAACCCACCCCUGGCCUUGAAGCCAGGUGUCCAGGACGGAGUUGUGAACCCGGCCUUGUAGCCAGGUGUCCUGGACAGAGCUGGGAACCCAUCCCCAGCCUUGUAGCCAGGUGCCCCGGACAGAGCUGGGAACCUGUUUAAUGUUGCAGACCCUACUGCUGCUUUACAGGCCACAUCACUUAGCACCCACAAUGUAUCACACAUCAGACUAUGCUGCAAUAGGGUUCAUAGCCACCUGGCCCAACUCUCCCAGCCUAUCAAGCAUCCAACAAUUCAACACUGGCUGCCGCACAGUCUUUUGGGCUUGUUUAAAUUGCCCUGGUUUGAUGUAAAUUGGUUUAGAAGCCAGUUUUUAGGCCCAGUGUAAACACGGUGCCAGUGACCUGCAGGUGAGAGCAGCCAAGCCCUGGUGUGAUCCCAGCUAUCUGCGAAUCCAGCUCCCAUCUGUGCCAAGGUGCUGAGGCCAGGAUGAGGGUCCCUGCUUUGCCUGGAGGAUACUCCAGAGAGUGGAGGACUCAAAUCUCACAAAGACCAAGUGAGAUUCAGCAGGCAGGAGCCACCCUGGGUCAAUUCAGACUAGCAAUGAAGGGCAAAUGUUUGUCAGGAUCGGGGAUUCCCCAGCAGGGCAGUGCCCUCUGGGCGGUGGGAGGAAUGCCCCAUCCCUUGGGGGCGCUACAUCCAGGCCAAAUGUCUCUAAAGGUUGUGCUCUGGCUCCAGCACCGAUCUGGGCUAGGGGCAGGAAUGGCUGCAGGUGAACCUCCAGCCUAUGUGAUACAGGAAGGCAGGCUGGGGGAUGGGUACGGUCCCUUCUCUCCUGUUAUCUGCAAUGGCAUUCCCACAUGUGUCCAGCUGUACAGAAGGAGGCUCUUGUGAACCAGGGUCUUAGAAGCUGGAUCUGGGCCCUUGUGUUUGCAGCAUCCCACAUAGAAUCAUAGGACUGGAAGAGACCUCGAAAGGUCAUCUAGUUCACUCCCCUGCACUCCUCUUCCUAGCGAUCACAUUUCCUCCCCUUCUCCCAGGGUUGAGCUUGGUUCACGCUCAAACGAGACACUCACAAGUAAAGCCCAAAGGAUUCCCAAGGAUGGGGAUGGUGCUCCUAGAAAAUCCAGCCAGCCAGACACCUCCAGAUGAGGUGCUACUAACAUCGCCUUCCCCUGGCAGCAUCUCCAGCGUAUGGCUACUCCAGAGAAGGCUGCUAGCUUAGAAGCACACUGAUGGCUGGGCUGGAUGCAGGAAUCAGGGGUGAGGUUCUGUGCUAUGCGGCAGGUCAGACAGGUGAUCACCGUAGUGUCUUCUGGCCUUAGGCUGUACACCCUUGUUCUAUUCUGUGCUUUAACCCAGUCUGUGCUGCUUCCAACCCUGGUUCCUGUCUCUUGCCCAGUUCUCUGGUAUCUCUUGCCAGCACUCUAGCUUCCUCUGGUGAUGGAAGAAACCCCCCAUUUCUGCAUUGUAACAUUUCUAGGGAGUGAUCCUUAGCUCAUCAAGGGCUCCGUUAUCGCUGAACGAUCUCUCCAGAACCACUCCCCUUCUCAGUCUAGUUCUCAAGAUGCAUGUUGCAAAGGUACAGAUGACAGUCAUUGGCUGUGCUCUUCCAGUCUGGCUUGGGGGGAUGAUCAAAUCUACCCCCUUUGGAGGAGCUCUGCUCAGAGGCCAUUGCUGUUUCCUAAAGGCAUCUUGCAAGGUGGGCUUGGGGUUGAACUUUAGCAGGAUGAGCAGCUUCUGGCCUGUCCCGCAGUGGGAACACUGGGAAGCGUAGCAGACAGCUAACCCAAAACCUGGUGUUGCAGCACUGCCACGGUCGGGGGUGCCGGUAAAACAUGUCAGAACAUUUCAGUGCAACAGCUUUCCUUAGCUCUGAGCCAUCCCAUGGAGCAGGCAGACCCAGCACAAACUCCCCUGCCCUCCUAGAAUCUCACUCAGUCUGUUGGUUGAACGUAAAUCUCAAGCCAUGAUGUGUCAACCUCCAGCCUGGCUCUUGAGCAGGGCCAUCUCCUCUUUUGUGUAGAUGAGUUUCAAAGCUGCCAAAGGGAUUUGGGUGCCCAUGAGAGAGUGGUGUUACUUCUCUGUAUGGCAUAGGUGAGACUGCCAAUGGGACAGCAUUUCCAGGCCAGGGAUUGGAAAAAUUGAAAAGGGCUCAGGACAGAGCCAUGAGGAUGUUUGAAGGGUGGGGAAACGUGCCUUGAGAAGCUCAGCCCGUUUAACUCAGUGAUGCCAAGGCUAACGGGUGAUUUGAUCCCAGUCUGUCAGUCCCUACAGUGGGAGAUUUCUGACUGUCAAGGGCAUGGGAAUCUCCCAGACACAUGCCCACCAGGGCUGGGAGCUGAUGCCACACAAAUUAACACUGGCAAUAAGGGGCAAGUAUUUCCCAGGGAGGGGAUUCCCCCAGUGGAAGAAUUGACCUGCAGAGGGGGAGGGGAGAUUCUCCAUUGCUUGGAGUCUUUUAGUCCAGAUGGGUUGUCUCUCGAGAAGCAGCACUCUGGCUCAGCCCAAGGGAUGACCUGAAUGCAAGGACCUCUGCAGGAGAUACUAGGUGGGUGCUAUGCAGGUGGAACUAGACUAUCAUAAAAUGGCCUUACAAUGGGAAUGUGGUGCCUAAAUGCCAGUGGUGGCUUUGAAAACCCUAGUCCCAGCUUGUGUGUUGGGAAGCAAGGGGCAGGCAAGGUGGGGGAGUUUUCUAGUCCUGCUUCAGUACACUGCCAACCUUGCUGGUUUUCUUCAUUACACUUUUGUUACCAAGCAGCAUUGUGAAGGCAUGACAGUGACUCCCCAGCAAUGGCUGGAGGUUCUCCCUAUGAACCACCUAAACUGCUGUGGGAGCAGUCAAGGAGGAUAAGGACAUUGCUGACAUACUAUGUUCCUUUCCCCCAGCCUUCUGCACAGAGGAUGCUGAGAGAUAGCUGCUCUUCGGUGGUAACAAAGAUAUGGUGCUACCAGGGACUGAGGUGUCAGAAGAUGCAGUGCUGGAACCAAUUUGAUAGCAAGACAUCCAAGAGUUAACAAGAAAGAAGCAGAUGAGAUAUUUUUGGGAGCAUCUCCUUAUAAACAGCUGCUCUAUGGGAUGGUAACAAAUUUUGUGUCUAUUUUAAAAAGCUUCAGGGAAUCUUACUUCAUUCCUUACUAAACUGUUUGGAAGAAACACGAUCAACAAAGCCCUCAACACUGGUGGUGGGAAGAGCUCUAACUGACCAGGAAAGUCAGGCUGGGCUCGUGUAUUAGACUUCUUGGAGCAUGUCUCCAAACUAAAUGUCUGAAGGAGAAUCAGCUCCUAGCAUUAAUUUGAACUCACAAAGGCCCUAGCAGCGUCCCUCCCAAGAGUGAGGAAGGUAGAAAGAAGCGGGGAGGGGAGAGAGAGAGAAAAAAACUUUUGCCAUCUACCAGAAACUUGCUAGGACACAGGAAACAAUGGGUAGCAUUAAAUACAUGGUCUGCUUUCAUUGUGGUGAAAGAUUCAGAGCAGAGCCUGCCAGGUUCCACACCAGGCCAGUGUUUGACAUAGUUAAUGAUCAGGAAGUGGGGGGUUAGCAGUGAAAUGGCUAAACGUGCAGGUGCAAUAUGGUGGUCUGUAGAUGAUGCCAAGUAGUGGCCCACCUUGUGCUUUAUCAGUUAGGAUGUUGAUCUGUGGACAUUCAUGGCCUCUUGCUUCCAUGCUGUCAGUGACUCAGGAGCAGAUCAUACCAUUUUUGAGAGUGCUGCUCCCCUGUCAUCCACCUGACCCUUCCUAAAUAGGUUAAGUCCAGUGAUUUUUAACAUUCCAAUCACGCAAAUCAUCUCAGCAAGUUUCAGAAAUACCCACUGGGGCAAAUUAUUACUCAUUGCCCAAUAAACUGCAGUUCCUCUUGUUUAUGACCCAGGCUCCUAGCAUCGGUGUAGAGGCGAUUAAAGAAUUGUUUUUCUUCGGG